CAUAGUAGUGGACAGACCACAGCUGAUUCGAUCCAUUCCUUUCACUUCUCAAAAGAAAGAGUUCUACAAUAACAAACUCUAGCAUUCAUACACUGAAGGAGUGAAGACUGAGUAGGGCUGAAAUGACAUAUGGAAAUCACAAAUGACAUAUGGACAAAAAAAUUUUGAACAAGCCCUUGGGAGAGUCCCUCCCUUGAAUUUGUGUUAGGUAGAGUAUCUAAAUGCUCGGACAUAAGACCAAGACGAUGGUAGAGGGUUGGUAAAGAUGGCGGCGCUCUCCGUGGAUGGAAGGUAUGGACUGAAUUGUGGCCGACGGAAUACAGACCAAGUCACUGUAUUGCACGUAAAAUUGACAGAGACAGCUUUCAGAGCGAUAGAAAGGUACCACACCUCUAAGAAUGUAACAUCCUCGCGGCCAACAAUGCAAUUCAAGGGACUCCAAGGGCGUAUUAAGAUCCCAAGGACUGACUCUCCAGAUGGAUCUCAGAACUUUGACUUCUACCUAUCCAAUGUGGGCAAGGACAACCCUCAGGGAAGCUUUGAGUGCAUCCAACAGUAUGUGUCCAGUGCAGGGACUCCCCACCUGGUGUCCCUGGGGGUGGUUCAAGACAAAGUCACGUUGUGUGCCACCAACGACUCCUACCAGGUGACUCGGGAGCGCAUGACGCUGGCUGAGGAGGAUGGGACCAAAGUCCUCAAGCCUGGAGGCCAGUUCAAAGGUAAGAAAGUCCAGAUCCGCAAGCCAGCGCCGUCAGGCUCUGAACCAGUCGCGGAGCGCAAGCGCUCCACCCCUAUCAACCCAGCCAAGACCAUCCGCAAGUGCCUUGCCAACAACCUGGUUUCCCAGCGCCCGUACCGCGACCGCCUCGUCCACCUGCUGGCAUUGCGCUCCUACAAGAAGCUGGAGCUACUGGCCAGGCUGCAGCGGGACGGGGUCAGUCAGAAGGACCGCAGCUCUCUUGGGAGCACCCUGCAACAAGUGGCCAACCUGAACCCCAAAGAUAACUCGUACACUAUGAAGGACUUUGUGUACCGUGAGGUGCAGAGGGACUGGCCAGGCUACUCUGAGGACGACCGCGUUCAGGUUAAUGGGAUUCUGGCCCGGAAACUGGGCCUUCCCACUGAGCUGCUUUCCUCCUGCAGUCCUCCUAAAGAUGGCUUCCCGGGCUCCCCACAGAAGUGCCAGCCCGAGUUGCCGAGUCACUUCACUGACCCCUUGAUGCCCAAGAAGCCCCGCAUUUCCCAUGUCACCAGCCAAGGGCCACCAACCGCCCCCACCCCGUCCUCUAGAGGGUGCCGCAGCGCCACUAAGGGGGACAACAGCCACCACAGCUCUGCUGCCACCACCAAACGCUCGUCUCUCCCAGCCAGGCCCACCACGGCUGGCCCGCCCCUCAACCACCUCCCCCCUCCCUCCCAGCUGCCCGUUUCUCACCGCCGUCGUCUGUCUCAUCACCCUGGCCUGGACUCCAACUCCAACUCGCCCAGCACGCCUGAGGGCAGUGGCACCCAGGACCUGCCCCUUGACCAGAGCUCAACCUGCCUGGACCCCUCCUCCUCACCAAUAGCCAGGCCCCCAGGCAGGACCGCCAACCGCUAUGGCUCCGGCAUGCCGCCCCCGGCCAGCUCCAGCCGCCCAGCUCUCACCAUCUCCUCUUCAUCAUCCUGUUCCUCUACCAUUAUCCCCCCUCCCUUGCCCAGCAGUAGCAAGAAGUCAAAUAAGCACAAAGAGAAGGAGCGGUGUAGGGAGGGGCGCAGCAUCACAUACGAUGGCGUCAGCCCCCCAGAGGUACAGGUUGAGGACGGCCAAAGGCCCAGGAAGAGACACCGCGCCAAGGGGGAGGAAAGACGAAGGCCAGUCAACCCCCCCUCCAAAAGCCCAGUCUGCUCAGACGAAGACAAUAAAGAGAGGCCAGUCCACUCCACAGACUUCUCCACCACUGUGAUGCCAGAUUACAUAUGUAAGUACAUGGCAGUGGUGUCCAUGGACCAGAGGCAGAUUUACAAGGACAACUUCAACGCCGAGUAUGAGGAGUACCGCAUCCUGCAUGCCCGUGUGGAGAAGAUCACUCGCCACUUCACCCAGCUAGACGCUCAGUGCAGGAGGCUGCCGCCUGGCACCAGAGAGUACCAGGAGGUACAUGAAGACGUGGUGAAAGAGUACAACAAAAUAAGACUACACAGCCCAAACUACCAGGUGGAGAAGCAGCGCUGCGAGUACCUGCAUAACAAGCUGGCCCACAUCAAGCACCUCAUCGCUGACUUUGACCAGCGCAGUUCCCAAUCCUGGAGCUAGAGCACCAGUUUCAAGACCACACAGUUUUGAGGUGGUUUAAGGGGUGUGCAGAGCAAGGGGGUUUCAACUGGCUUUUAUUUAUUCAGACCCCCCUGUCUCUGCUGCCCCCCCUUCUCGUAAUGGUUUCUCCUGAAGCCUCUCUUCAAUUCUACAACACUGGUCUACGAGGAAGGGAACUACAUGCGUGUGGGGGUAGGGGGGAUACUUAACACUUCUUGCUUAUGAAGGACUUUAUCCAAAAAUGUAACUUAUUUUUGAAAGCAGAGAAAAUAUUAUACUUGUAUUUAAGUUUUUAAAAAAGGGAGAUGUAUUUAUUUUGGACUGUUCAGAUGUGUGUGUGUGUGGUCCACACAUGAUUUAUUGUUUAAAAAGUUUAUAUUUUCCGAAACCAAUGCAAAAAACAUGGGCCUUAUGUGUUUGACUUUCUGAAGCCAUUUUGCACACGAGAGGAGAUCCCGAGUGGCGCAGUGGUCUAGAGGCAUCACUACAGACACUGGUUCAAAUCUAGGCUGUAUCGCAACUGGCUGUGAUUGAGAGUUCCAUAGGGCGGCGCACAAUUGGUCCAGCGUCGUCCGGGUUUGGCCGGUGUAAGCCGUCAAUGUAAAUAAGAAUUUGUUAACGGACUUGCCUAGUUUAAAAAAAGAAAAUCCAAUGUAUUGUCCCAAUUGUCAGAAGUUGCUUAUCUUCCCUUCACCCUCUUCCUUCAUGGUGAAGUAGAUGGAGAGGAAUCCACUUUAGACCAUUGAGACGCAACACCAAUAUGUGUGUAUGGGUUAUAAGGGCCAUGGGGGGGGGGGGUACAUUUAGGAGUAUUGUCCCCUGAUAGCAGGGGGGCGCUACCCUGUGCAACAUCAGUGUUUCUGUUCUCUGUGCAAAAGGGUGCCUUAAGGUGAUAGUUUACAUGGGGGAAUUACAACCACCUGGCUACAGGUCUCACACACCAGCAUGAAGUGUGUGUCCUGGGGGGGGGUCAAAAAGGGAAUACAAAGGUCAGGGAGGUUUGUGUGUGAAUGUGUGGGUGGGCGGCUAUGUAAAAUGGGGGGAGUAAGAGAUUUGGGGGGGAACACGUGGGGGGGGUGAGAAAAUAGCUAGGUUUCCAUCUAAUUCAUGACCGAUUUUCUUGCAAAUAUUCUGAAAUCGUCAUUUUCCCACCAGACAUGUUGCGGAUAAAAGUCUGCGUGAUGACGUAGUGCACAUUUUAUAAAAGAAAAAUAUAUAUAUAUUAAUUGGUUUUCAUCGCAUUUUCAACUACUGAUGGUUUUGUCAGAGAAAUGUUCCACUGGCAGUGGCAUGUGCGCGCUAGCCAACAGCUAGCAGGUACAGUGCUAGUAGGCUACCUACAUGAGAGUGAUUUUAUUAUUUUUAUUUGUCAAACGGCAGCCAAGCAUCGAUCAUUGUUACUAGAAUAAGACCCUCAAAAUUUAUUGGAAAAGAGCAUCAAGCUCAUCACUGUGCACUUUCACCAUCCUGUGAAGUAAAUACCUUAUUUCAUCUGUAGCAUAAACUAUGCUUUCCCGAGGUGUAGUGGGAGGACCACAUGAUAUGAUUGCGUGACUCCCAAGUUUACAUCGAUAUGAUGGUUAUAUCAAUAUUUGCGCAUAAAGGCAACCGCCAUUUCUCACAUCAAUUUUAUUGAAACAAAAAGAUCCCACCUUGUCUAGUGUAUUUUGUUUUGUCGACAUUUGGAAAGUUGACCGACAAAUAAGUUGUUGGAUAGAAAACAUGUUGGGGAAAAAGCUGCUGUACUCUUUGUUUGACUAGCCAGAGCACUCAGGAUCAAUCUGGCUAAAGUCCGUGUUCGUAAUUGGGGGGCUGUUCUAGAGUAGCCAAUCUCUGGAAGGACUAGAGCGUUUCUUCGCCAGUUUAUUUACUGGAAAACAGGCUGUUCUGUUUGAUAAAUUAAUGCAUCCACUAGAGGACAAAUCUGUAUUAAGAAGACAAAUGUAUUAUUUUCUCCUUGAUUCCAGUGUUGUCAGUGCAGCAGAACUGCGAAUAGCAUUUCUGUUUUAGUUUUUGAAUUCAACUCAUGCCGAUUUAGUUUGACAGACAGAUGAAGGCAUGGAUUGAGGAUGAAAAUCAACAUCUUUAUUUCAUGAUAUCAUUAAUAAACAAGGUCUUGAGCUCAAGGGAUAUAUUAUGUUUACAAACCUGUGUUAGAAUGUUUGUCCCCAAAAAAUGAAAUACUGUUUUGGUAUAUAUCUGCAUACUGGUUCAGCCUUUAUUUAUGAGACACUGAGACAGGAUAUAAAAUGUGUUCCCUGGAAGAUGACAUUUCUGUUUUGGGGUAGCAUUCUAGUACUUAUUUGAACUUUUUCGCUCUCUGCGUUCCAAGUGGGGGGGGGGGGAACAAAUCCAAAAUUGUUAGUAAGAAACUGAAGAUUAUGCACUCUUGUGCAUGAUGUAAGGUCUGAUAGUACUGUCGUCAUAUGAUUGGGGCUUCUGUUGGAUGGGUCUCUGCAGCAGAGGUAGUGUCACUUUUUAAAACAGGAAGGCCCUCUUCAGUCACAAUUCAAACUAUAUUCCAUCGUUACUACAUUUCAGUUUGAAAGUCAAACUCUGCAAGGACCAUGAGCUCAACAUGCUUUAGAGGGAUUUGUAGACAUGAAAAAUACUUAUUUGGAGAUCUCUGAAGCAUCUUGACUAGAGGUCGACGGAUAAUGAUUUUUUGACACCGAUACCAAUUAUUGGAGGACCAAAAAAAAAAGAAAUGCAGAUUUGUAUUAUUUGUUUUAUUUGUAAUAAUGACUAUUACAACAAUACUGAAUGAACACUUAUUUUAACUUAAUAUAAUACAUCAAUAAAAUCAAUUUGGCCUCAAAUAAAUAAUGAAACAUGUUCAAUUUGUUUUAAAUAAUGCAAAAAGAAAGUGUUGGAGAAGAGAGAAAAAGUGCAAUAUGUGCCAUGUAAGAAAGCUAACGUUUAAGUUCCUUGCUCAGAACAUGAGAACAUAUGAAAGCUGGUGGUUCCUUUUAACAUGAGUCUUCAAUAUUCCCAGGUAAGAAGUUUUAGGUUGUAGGAAUUAUAGGACUAUUUCUCUCUAUACCAUUUAUAUUUCAUAUACCUUUGACUAUUGGAUGUUCUUAUAGGCACGUUAGUAUUGCCAGUGUAACAGUAUAGCUUCCGUCCCUCUCCUCGCUCCUACCUGGGCUCGAACCAGGAACACAUCGACAACAGCCACCCUCGAAGCAGCGUUACACAUGCAGAGCAAGGGGAACAACCACUCCAAGUCUCAGAGCGAGUGACGUUUGAAACGCUAUUAGCGUGCACCCCGCUAACUAGCUAGCCAUUUCACAUUGGUUACACCAGCCUAAUUUCGGGAGUUUGUAGGCUUGAAGUCAUAAACAGCACAAUGCUUGAAGCACAACGAAGAGCUGCUGGCAAAACGCACAAAAGUAUGGUUUGAAUGAAUGCUUACGAGCCUGCUUCUGCCUACCACCGCUCAGUCAGACUGCUCUAUCAAAUCAGACUUAGUUAUAACAUAAUAACACACAGAAAUUCGAGCCGUAGAUCAUUAAUAUGGUCAAAUCCGGAAACUAUCAUCUCAAAAGCAAGACAUUUAUUCUUUCAGUGAAAUACAAAACCGUUCCGUAUUUUAUCUAACGGGUGGCAUCCAUAAGUCUAAAUAUUCUUGUUACAUUGCACAACCUUCAAUGUUAUGUCAUAUUUACGUAAAAUUCUGGCAAAUUAGGUGGCCCAAACUGUUGCAUAUACACUGACUGCGUGCAAUGAACGCAAGAGAAGUGACACAAUUUCACCUGGUAAAUAUUGCCUGCUAACCUGGAUAUCUUUUAGCUAAAUAUGCAGGUUUAAAAAAAUAUAUACUUCUGUGUAUUGAUUUUAAGAAAGGCAUUGAUGUUUAUGGUUAGGUACACAUUGGAGCAACGAUAUGCACCGCAUCGAUUAUCUGCAAAGCAGGACACGCUAGAUAAACUAGUAAUAUCAUCAACCAUGUGUAGUUAACUAGUGAUUGUGAUUGAUUAAUUGAUUGUUUUUUAUAAGAUAAGUUUAAUGCUAGCUAGCAACUUACCUUGGCUUCUACUGCAUUCGUGUAACAGGCAGGCUCCUCGUGGAGUGCAAUGUAAUCAGGUGGUUAGAGCGUUAACUGUAAGGUUGCAAGAUUGAAUCCCCCGAGCUGACAAGGUAAAAAUCUGUCGUUCUGCCCCUGAACGAGGCAACUAUCAUUGAAAAUAAGAAUGUGUUCUUAACUAACUUGCCUAGUUAAAUAAAGAUUAAAUAAAGGUAUAAAAAAAUAAUAAUAAUCGGUGUCCAUAAAUACCGAUUUCCGAUUGUUAUGAAAACUUGAAAUCGGCCCUAAUUAAUCGGUCGACCUCUAAUCUUGACACUCAUGAGUCCCAGCAGACUACUACAGUACAGGGUCCACUCCCAGCAAAAUGGUGACUUUGUUGGAGCCUCACUCAAAUAACUUGAGUGAAUGGCUCGGUUUUCUUUUUAAAACAAUUUUAUGCUAGGCUACACACAACUCCCAUGGUCUAGUCCGUCUCACUGCUACCUCCUUCCUCCUUUUAAAGACUGCUCAGAAAACGCAGCAGCGUUGCUACUAACAGUGCGUUUACACUAGGAAGCGGCAUUGCGUGUGGAAACAUUGGAAGCCAUUCACUCUCAAUGGAAGGAAAGCAAGAGAAAGUGGGCAGGGGGACCGUUGAGCGACGCGAGCAUGGCCGAGGGAGCUAUACAGGGUGCUACUAAAGUUGGGGAAAGCUGAACUUCUAUUCCAAUCCUCUGCAAUAUCGUGACACGAAUGACCAAUCGAAGCGCACCGUAGCUUCCAACCCCUACUGGAUUGGCUGACAAUGGCUGUUUAUACGUUGCACGACCUAGCUUGCUUGUUAGCACCCACAUGAGGGUGAGGCUAGCGUGAAUAGGCGCUAAUCGUUCUCAUAUGACGGCUUGGGCGACCCUGCAGGCUAAUGCCCAGCUGCAGCAUCAGCCAAUUGACUGGUCAAAGGACAUUCAUUUGAUGGGUCUUAACUGUAUGGAUUGUGAAGGAGUACUGAACCUGCCCACCUGAAAAUGCAUUAAAUCUGUAAAAUAAAAGUCUACUUGGCUUUACAUUGAA